AUGGAAUCCCUCCAUAAACUGAUUAAGAUUCGUGGAGCAAACCGAUCCGUGGCAACGAAAUUAGAACGAGAAGCACUUGAGCUGCUCAGCGAACCUGGAGAGCCCGGAGACGAUGAACGGAUUUGUCGAUUAGAAACGAUUUUGGAAUUAUUGGACUCGAAAUUGAAGGAAUUGAAGUUAUUUGACGGACAAAUUAUCGAUGUAUUGGAAGAAGAAGAAAAGAUUGAUAGCGAAGUAACGGAAGCAAACGAAUAUGAAUUUCGCAUCUCUAAUGCCAUACGAAAGAUCAAGCGAAAACUGCAUCCACCAAACCCAUUUUCCCCGGCAACUAGUACAAGAAUUAGAAGACAAUUACCAACAACACCACCGAGCGUGAGAAGGCUUUCUUUACUUACAACUACACCAUUAACACCAGCCAAUCCUUCCAGUGAUGAACACGACGGAAAUGGAAAUAAUUCCCUUCAAAGUGGAAGUUCGUCUUCGUCGCAUGGAAAUUCAAAUUCGAAACUGCCAAAGUUGCAAUUACCGAGAUUCAGUGGCGAUAUUGUGAAUUUUUUCAGUUUCUGGGAGAGUUUUAAUGCAGCUGUUCACGAGAAUACGAACAUCCCAACGAUAACGAAAUUUAGUUACCUGAAAUCAUACUUGGAUGGACAAGCGGCGAGAGCUAUAGAAGGACUGCCUAUGACCGAAGCAAACUAUGAAAAUGCCCUGCUGAUACUUCAGGAUAGGUUCGGAAAAAAGCAGAAGAUCAUUUCGAAACAUAUGGACGAACUUUUGAAGUUACCAGUUUGUCAAAACGAUAAACCAGCGCAACUAAGAUAUGUGUACGAUACAAUUAACGUACAUGUACGCGGAUUACAGUCAUUAGGAAUCAGUUCGGAUCAGUACGGAAGCCUGUUGAUUCCCGUUAUAAUGUCGAGGGUUCCGAAGGAUAUUUCCCUGCAAAUUGCGAGGCAUACUUCGAAAGAAAUCUGGUCGAUUUCAGAGCUUCUUAUGAUUAUUAAGCAUGAAGUGGAAGCUCGAGAAAUGCGUGACUACAUUCACAUCGCCGACAAUAAGGCACCGAUAACAACGACAAAAAUCCGAGCAACUGGGAACAUGGGUACGACGUCAGUUUUCGUAUCAAGGAAUGCGACAAAAAAUAUUCGUUGUUAUUUUUGCUCUGGCAACCAUUACGCCUCAGAUUGUAACACUAUCGUGGAUGUUAACAAGCGGAAAGAGCAUUUGUUGCGAGUUGGGCGAUGUUUUUCUUGUUUGAGGACAGGCCAUGUCGUAAAACCAUGCCCAAGUGCAAAAUUUUGCAGUUUUUACAGAGGAAAACAUCACUCAAGCAUCUGUGAAAGGAAGAGUAAUAAUAGCGGAGCAGAGUCAAUGCCACCUAAUGUUACUGCAAUAUCAAAAGAAAAGAAAUCGACGCAUGUUUUAUUGCAAACUGCAAAGGCAACAGCAGUAAACCCGAGCACCGGAGAAAAAUGCUCCAUUCGCAUUUUGUUCGACAAUGGCAGUCAGAGAAGCUAUGUGACCGAAGAUGUGGUGAAGAAAUUACAACUGAAAACGGAGAUGAAAGAAACCUUGAACUUGAACACUUUCGGUAGCGCUGAGUAUGAAAGUAAGAACUGCAAAUUGGUAAGUUUCCAGAUUGAAUUAAAUGACGGACAGUUAGCUGUUGUUAAUGCACUUUCGUACCCAGAAUUAUGUUCUCCGCUCCCCACCCUUGUAGAAGUAAAUUCUUUCCCUCAUCUACAGGGUUUAGAAUUGGCAGAUGAGGUUGACAUAGGAAGUAAUGAUCAUAUCAAUGUUUUGAUAGGAGCUGACCAAUAUCAUAGUAUCGUAGUGGGGGAUGUAAUUAGAGGAGAAAACGGUCCCGUAGCUGUUAAGAGUAAACUAGGUUGGGUGUUGUCGGGAAAAUUAGAGUCGUCGAAAAUCUCUCAGGAUAAUUUUACGUCGGCAAAUUUAUGUAUUGAGAACCCAAGGCUUACCGAAUCGGAUAAGGAUAAAGAAUUAGUUGAUACACUGAAAGCCUUUUGGGAAGUAGAAAAUACCGGGUUAGAUUGUAACAAGUUAGUUGAUAGUAACGAAACGGAUAAAUUUUGUGACAUAAGGGUACAAGGAGAUCGUUACGAAGUAGGAUUACCAUGGAAACCGACGGAGCCAAAAAAUAUGGUAAAUAAUUUUGAGCAGUGCAAGACUCGGUUGAACUCGUUACAUUCUCGUUUGAUUAAGGAUCCCGAACUGAUGCGAGAGUACGAUGGUAUAUUUAAGGAGCAACUCGCUCAAGGUAUAAUCGAAAAGGUGCCCUCUUCGGAAUUAGAUAAUGACAACGUUAGAUUUAUGCCACAUUUUGGAGUUAUUCGCAAGGACAGAGUUACGAGUAAGGUCAGGGUAGUUUUUGAUGCGAGUGCAAAAAUGGAAACCGAGAAUUUGUCGUUAAACGAUCGUUUAGAACGAGGGCCUAAUUUGAUUCCGAUGUUGUUUGAUGUUCUAGUUAAGUUUCGAACUAAGGUCAUUGCACUUACUGCUGAUAUCGAGAAAGCCUUUCUUCAGAUAGGUAUUAAACAGGAGGACCGUGAUUUUCUCAGGUUUUUGUGGUAUGAUGAGCCACAGUCUGCAAAUCGCUCGAUUGUCCAGCUGCGUUAUGCGCGUUUGCCCUUUGGCCUACGGCCGUCCCCUGCUGUUUUGGGAAGUGUUUUGUUGCAACAUGUGUCAUCAUACCAAGAGAAAAAACCUGAGAUUGUCAAGGUACUCAAGGGUUUAUUUGUUGACGAUCUGUCAACGGGUGGAGAGACAGUAGACAAGGCUUACGAAAUUUAUCAACAGUCAAAACAGGUAAUGAGGGAAGGAAAUUUUAACCUUCGUAAAUGGAAUUCGAAUUCGCAGGAGUUAAUAGAACGCAUCCGAAAAUCUGAAGGUCAAGCAACAACCGGGGGGUCAGACCCAAAGUUAGGCGAAGAGGAUCAGUCUUACGUACAAUCGUGUAUAGGUCUUAGUGCAGAUAAUGAAACUGUGAAAAUAUUAGGGUUGCACUGGAACUCCUCGUCGGAUGAAAUCUGUUAUGAUUUUACGGAGAUUACGCAAUUAGCUAAAACGCUUCCAGCAACUAAACGUUCACUGCUAAGAUUAACCGCUAAAAUAUUCGAUCCGUUAGGAAUUUUGAGCGUAUUUACGGUUAGAAUGAAGGCCAUGUUUCAAUCGUUAUGUUUACAGAAAGUAGCUUGGGAUGAGGAAUUACAGGGAAGUGCUAGGUUAGAAUUUAAUGCAUUUCUUUCCAAGCUACAACAGUUAAGUAAGGUUAGAAUACCAAGGUGUCUUAUCAACGGGUUGAGUGUACGCUCAUAUCAGAUUCACGGCUUCUCGGACGCUAGCGAGCAAGCCUAUGCUUGUGUCGUUUAUUUGCGCACAGAAUAUGAAAACGGAGAGGUAGAUUGUAGAAUUAUUGUGUCGAAAGCAAGAGUAGCACCCAUCAAACAGGUAACUAUCCCGAAAUUAGAGUUGAUGGGGGCCCUGUUAUUAGCAGAGUUGAUGGAUACAAUUCGUACUGUUUUGCUUGAAGAAUUAGAUCCGGCGAAAAUCACAAGUUUUUAUUGGGUGGAUUCCUUAGUAGCACUCUGCUGGAUAAAAAACAGUAAGCCCUGGAAACAGUUUGUAAGGAACCGGGUCCACAAAAUUCUAGAACUAACAGACAGGUCAGAAUGGAAGUUUUGUCCAGGUGUCUUAAACCCAGCAGAUUUACCCUCGCGCGGGCUUUGCGGAAAGGACCUUUCAAGGAAUGUGUUUUGGUUUGAAGGUCCCGAGUUCUUGAAGCAAAGAAUUGAAUUGUGGCCAUCCAUUGAUAUAACUGACAAGGAAGCCCACGAAAUUGCCUUGAAGGAGGAAGCCAACAAUUCUCACAUGAUAACACACACGUUGUCUACUUCGACGGAUGUUUUGAGUAUACAGAAUUUAGUAAACAUAGAACGAUUUGGGAGUAAACGUAAGCUUCUUGGCACCCUGGCUUGGGUUUUCAGAUUCGUAGGAAACUGUAAGGCAUCGUUAACUAACCAAACCCCCGAUUUAAAUGAGGAGUUAAGAAACGAAGAAAUUGAACGAGCAGAAUACAAAUUGUUAAGUUACAUUCAAAGAGAAGAAUUUUCAGAAGAGUAUGAAUAUUUGCGUGGUAAAAUGGUAACCAAGCCUCCUUUAAAAGUUAAGCAAUUCAAUUUGUUUUUAGAUAACAACGGCGUAAUAAGAGCGAGAUCUCGGAUAACCAACGCUUCUGUUCCAGAUUCUACGAAAACGCCAAUUUUGUUACGUCCCUAUAACUGGUAUUCAAAGUUGGUGAUAAAAGAAUAUCAUGCUAUUGUAUUGCAUAGUGGCGUACGUGACACGUUAAACGAAAUUCGCCAACGUUAUUGGAUUUUAAGAGGUAGAGAAGCAGUAAAGAAAUUUAAAAGGUCGUGUACUGUUUGCAUAUGGAUUGAUAGGCACACAAUUAAGUCUACUCUAGCCCCAGACCUCCCAGAUUCACGUGUAGAUGAUGGACCACCUUUUACUAACACGGGUUUAGAUUUUGCGGGACCCUUGCUUAUUAAGGGUAAGAAUCCGUCAAGUAAGGAAUUAAGUAAAUCAUAUAUUUGUAUCUACACAUGCUUUUCAACUAGAGCCAUCCAUUUAGAAUUGGUAGAUAGCCUGAAUGUACCCUCGUUUUUUCUUUCAUUUCGUAGAUUUUGUGCUCGUAGAGGAUUGCCGCGUAAAUUAUAUAGCGACAACGCUAAGACGUUUAAGGCUGCUUCUAAAGAGGUAAAGCAGAUUCUUAAUUCGAAAAACGUGAAAAGCAUGAUCGUAGAUAAAGGCGUCGAUUGGGAAUUCAUAGUACCAAAAAGCCCAUGGAUGGGUGGAGCCUGGGAAAGAUUAAUCAGAUCGGUAAAACGUACCUUGCAUAAAAUGGUGGGUAGAGCGCGACUAACUUUUGAUGAAUUAAAUACGUUACUGGUUGAGAUAGAAUCGGUAAUUAAUUCUCGUCCUUUAACAUACGUUUAUGAUGAUACAGAAGGGGUUACAUAUCCAUUAACACCGUCACAGUUACUUUAUGGUAGAAAUGUUACAUUGUCGCCAAAUGAUAGUUAUUUAACAGUAAUUAGCACUCAAGAAACAUUAACGAAACGUAUCAAAUACCAUCGAAAGUUAUUAUCAGAAUUCGCCAAAAGAUGGAAAAAUGAGUAUCUGCCUAGUCUUCGUGAGAUAGCAAAUCGAAAUGAACUUAACGAAAGCAUUGUAUCGUUGGGUGAUAUUGUUAUUGUAAAAAAUGAACAGACUAAGCGUUCGUUUUGGAAAAUAGGAAAGGUGGUAGAAUUGAAGCCUAGUAGAGACGGUAAAAUUCGUUCAGUAAAAUUGAAAGUGUCUACGGAUAACGGAACUACGUAUUUAGUACGUCCAUUACAAUGUUUGGUGCCCUUAGAGGUAAAAUCAAAUGUAUUGACUUAA